AUGGCGCCAGGUGGACCCCCAGGUGCAGGACGUGGCCGAGGCGGCAAAUUCAAGAAGUUCACUCGUGGAGGUAAGCGCGGCUCAUCAAGUCUCAUAGAGACCUUUGGUUCAACAUCUGACAGUGCGUUUUUUACAGGCGGCAAGCACUUCUCCAAGAAUCUCCGACCCCUCGACUCCGACGGAAACGAAAUCGCCGAGAAGGACCCCAAUGCCUCUUCCUCCUCCGAAGAGGACAGCUCUGAGGAAGAGUCCUCCUCUGAAGAAGAAAAUGACAAGCCCGCCAUGACUCGCGAAGAGCGUCGCGCUGCCGCAAAGGCUAAGAAGGAGGCCGCCAUAAAGAAGAAGAAGGGUGUGCCCCAGCCAGGUGACAUGCCAUCCAGCUCCGAGGAAGAGAGCGAGGAAGACGACGACAUGCCCGCCAACCCCAACCACUCCAAAGCGUCGCGAAACCAAGCCAAAGCCGCUCCCGUCACCGUAGACGAAGCCACCGAGGCAGUCAAGGAUAUGAAUGUCAGCGGAAAGGGCAAGAAGCCAGUCGCGGAGUUGAGCCGUAGAGAACGCGAGGCAUUACAGGCUCAGCAGGCCAAGGAGCGAUACCAAAAGCUCCACGAGGCUGGCAAGACGGACGAGGCCAAGGCUGAUCUUGCAAGGCUGAAGCUGAUUCGGGAGAAGAGGGAGGCUGAGGCAGCUAGGAAGCAGGCGGAGAAAGAGGAGCGUGAGCAAGCUGAGCAGGGGAAGAAGGCUGAGAUUGAUGCACGGGAGGCGAAGAGAAGAGAAGCUGCUAUGGGGCCGUCAAAGGGCAAGGGUAAAGCUAAGAAGUGA